UCCUGGAGAUUGAUUUCUCAGAGCUGACCCUGGAGGAAAUCAUCGGGGUGGGUGGUUUUGGAAAAGUCUACCGUGCAGUGUGGCGGGGCUCAGAGGUGGCUGUGAAGGCAGCACGACGGGACCUUGACGAGGACAUAGAGCAGACUCUGGAGAGUGUCCGUCAGGAGGCAAAACUUUUCGCCAUGCUCAAUCACCCCAACAUCAUGGCUCUGCUCGGGGUGUGUCUGCUGGAGCCCAACCUGUGCCUGGUCAUGGAGUACGCCCGGGGCGGCCCCCUCAACCGGGCCCUCGCAGGAAAACGCAUCCCCCCGUGCACCCUGGUGGAUUGGGCCGUGCAGAUUGCCCGGGGCAUGCACUACCUCCACAGUCAGGCUAUUGUCCCCAUUAUUCACCGGGACCUCAAGUCCAGCAACAUCCUAAUCCUUGAGAGGAUUGAGAUGGAAGACCUCAGCAACAAGACUCUGAAGAUCACAGACUUUGGACUGGCUCGAGAGUGGCACCGCACCACCAAGAUGAGCGCCGCUGGCACCUACGCCUGGAUGGCUCCCGAAGUCAUCCGCUCGUCCACGUUCUCCAAGGGUAGCGACAUUUGGAGUUAUGGCGUGCUGAUGUGGGAGCUGCUGACAGGAGAAGUUCCAUUUCGAGGGAUCGAUGGUCUUGCAGUGGCUUACGGGGUGGCAAUGAAUAAACUGGCUUUGCCCAUUCCCUCCACCUGUCCUGAACCCUUUGCACGUCUUAUGGAGGACUGCUGGAGCACAGACUCUCACUCCCGGCCACAGUUCACAACUAUUCUGGACCAGCUGACGGCCAUUGAGGAGUCUGGCUUUUUUGAGAUGCCAGCAGAGUCCUUCCACUCUCUGCAGGAUGACUGGAAACUGGAGAUUCAGGAAAUGUUUGAUCAACUGAGGACCAAGGAGAAGGAGCUGCGAUCGUGGGAGGAGGAGCUGACCCAAGCGGCACUGCAGCAGAAAUGCCAGGAGGAGGCGUUGAGGAGGCGUGAGCAAGAACUAGCCGAGCGGGAGAUCCACAUCCUGGAGCGGGAGCUCAACAUCAUCAUUCACCAGCUCUACCAGGAAAAGCCUCACGUGGAGAGCAGGCAGGGCAAGUUCCGCCGCAACCGCCUUAAACUCAAGGAUGGGAACAGAAUCAGCUUGCCUUCAGAUUUUCAGCACAAAAUCACAGUGCAGGCUUCUCCUUCACAUACUGAUCGGCGAAGGAGUUUGCUCAGCAGCGGUUCCAGUCCUCAGACCAGUCCACCUAUUCUACCCCGCUUGAGAGCCAUCCAACUGACUCCAGGGGAGGGAUGUGCAGCCUGGGGUCGCAACACAGGUUUUCAGCAGGAUGACGAGGAGGGUGAGAGGAAGGGAUCCAGGAAAAAGGGCAGAUCCCGCGGGUGUGGCCCAUACAGGGAGCACAGUGCUGAUGCCACUGUGAAGCCUCCCCAAGAAGGCAGCAGGCAGCGGUCUUGCAGCGCCCCAAACCUUCGCAGAUCCCCGAGACACAGUCCAGCAGUGCCUGGAGUGCCAAGCCUUGUGGAGAUGGAAAAUGAAGACUGCUGCUUCACUACUGAGCCAGGAGUAGCUCCUGGUCAGUCCUACCUCUGCAUCCCCUUCCAGAAAGAGGGCCACACGGGUGGUGCUGCUACUGACGGUAAUGGAGAUGAGUACUGCCCCAGCGGCCAGGUUCCAGGAACACCACCAUGCAGGAAGAGCCCCGGUGGGGGCCGGCGGUCUGAGCUGGUCCUUUUGGGCUGUGGAGCUCUGCUGGCAGCCGUAGGACUAGGCUGCAACCUGCUAACUUUGUCCCAACCAGAGGAGAGCAUCAAAUCACGAUGGGAGGGUUUCUUCCACAGAACAGGGGGCCAGAGGCGGAGCACCAGCCCCCAGACUCGCAGACUGUUCCGACGGGAAAGCCCACUGAAACCCACAGCACCUUCGCUGCCCGAGCGAGGCUUGCCACCCUCUUACACGCUGCUGUCCUUAUCAUCAGUGUCUGACUGCAACUCCACCCGCUCAUUGCUGCGCUCUGACAGCGAGGACUUGUUGGUCUACCGCCCCUCCUCACCGCCCGCACAGCCUCCUGUCACACACCAUCAGGCUAUCCAAGCCCCAUUCAACCCGCUGGUCAACACCCACCUUGAGAGCUUCAAGCGUAACCCCCGCCAAUCUCUCACACCCACACAUGUACCCUGCGCCCCAAGUUCCUCGCGUAGCUUGCGUCGAACACCAUCGGACGGGGCCAUCAAAAAGAGCUGCCCUCCUAAUAAUCUGGAACCACUGCCAGAAAGAACAGCAUUAGAGAACACGGGGGGCUUCAGGGGUUUAAAAGAAGACUGUCCUGAAGUCCCCCGGCUCCCAGAUCCAAAUGUUGUGUUCCCACCAACUCCCCGUCGUCGUUGUGCUCCUGAACGCCCCAAAACCCUUGACUUUGUGGCUCGACCUCGGCCUUCACCACGGGCACGCUCUGAAGUGUUUUGGGCGGAAGUGAGGCCCAGGGGAAACGGACAAAACCUGGGGAACAGCGAGUCCCCCGCCCACACCUCCAGCACAGAGACUCCUCCAACUGUAGAGUUUGGUAGAGACCUGGUGGUGCUGCCCACCCCCAUGGAGGCCCCAACGCCCUACUCCCCCCGAAGGAAGGAAAACCUGUUGGAUCAGCUGGAUGAGGGACAAUGCCGGGAUGGAACAGUCCCACUCUGCAGACCAGAGAUCAGCUUUCCCAAAGACUCACCUUACCGCUACAGACCUGGAUUCUGGUCCUAACUCAACCCCAUGUGCAUACAACCCCAGCCCUUUACCAAUCCAACACCAGGAGGGGAUUGUCCCUGCUGUUAGCCUUUGAUUUGUUACAGGUCUUGGUACUUUCAAAAUGAAUCUGUUUCUAGCUUUAAUCAGUGCAUAAUGUGGGCGGUUCACCUUUCCCCAUCUACAAUAUUGUGACUAAAUCACCAGAAGACAUUUACUAUGAAUAUUUGAUCUUUCUGGAGUUUGUUGUAUUGCCAUUUGUGAUAAAUUGGCAUCUAAAACUACUGAAGCAAACCCUGAAAAGUAUUUGAAAAAAAAUAUUUGACCCAGGUCUGGUUGUUAAUGCAUUAUUGGGACAGAAUAACCAUUUUCUUGAUUUCUCUCACAUUUGUCAUCCAUGAUGUAAACGUUUUCAUUUAUUUGGGAAUAAACUGAUUAAGUGCUUUGUAGCAGAAUGUCAUUGACAGUUUCACAGAGCUUUACAUACUUUUAUUAAUUUCAAGCCUGAGUUCAAGAUUGUGCAUUUAAUGAAGUGCACUUUCGGAAAGCAUCAUGAAUGUAAAGCUUCAGGUUUUUGCCAUUGUCAAAAAACGUUGUCUCUGAUUAUUUGUAAUUCGUCAGUAAAAGCAUUGUGUUAUUUGACCUCCUGUAUUAUUCACUAUGCUUUGUUAGUGGCUGAGCACCUGUCAUCACCAAUCACCUUGUACAGAGCACCAUCCCAGGGACAAGGGAAUGCUGUUGUAUAAUAUAAGCACUUCUUUCCAUUAGCAACCCGCAGUCUUGAAACAUUGUCAUUACAAUGACUGUACUAUAAAGAAGAAUGUCACUACUGCUUGGGUUCGAAUAGGGACCGAAACACUGUCCAGAAGUCACAACCAAAUAUAUCAAAGAACUCAUUAAUUCCCUAUUGAGUUCAUUCUUUAUUUGUGACCCUGUCAGAGCAGCUUGUUUGGAUCCCGAUCCACCAGUUGAGAAACAUUUUUCCAAAUUAAAAAGGGAACAUUGUAUUUGUAAUCUGUAAAUUGUCUGCCUCAUAAAUUGUUGAUCAAGAGAAGAUGAGGGAUGUAAAGUGUGUUUUUGAUUAUGUAUGUGACAAACUGCAUGUGAGUGUUGAAUGGCACACAGGUGAAGCAGGCCCUGGUGGCAUGUGGAACUUUAUUCCCAAUUAUUUACAUUUGUAAUGAUUUAUUUAAUUUUAUUUAUUGAUUAAUUUAUUUGAUGGUUUAUUUUUGUAAUGCAUUGUAUUUGCCUUCAUUUUUGACACUUGUUAAUGACAUCCAUGAAUGUUAAAUGUGGCUUCCAAGAAAAUGCAGCUACAUGUUUUUUGCUUCAUAUUCAUUUGUCUGUUUCAUGCAUUUUAUCUUCAGGUUGUUUUUAGUUUUUUUGCUGCCGUUUUUUUUUAACAAGGUUGCAAGUAAUUCCAAUCAAACUAAAGAACUAAGCUGGCACAAUUAUAAAUUUUAAUUAAUAUUUGAUAACCAAUUAAUUGUUUAAGUAAUUUACCAAGUAGAAAUACCAAACAUUCCCUAGUUUCAGUAUCUCAGUUGUGAGAAUUUGCUGCUUUUCUAUAUCUUACCUGAUAGUAAACAGAAUUUUGGGAGGUUUUGGACUGUUGUCCUGGGAAGACAAGCAAUGUGAUGGCAAUAUUGGGCUUUAUGAAAUUGGAGUGGUUUUUAUUUUAUUUUAUAGAAUAGAUAAAAUAAUAAACAAAUUAAUCAAUUAUGAACAUCAUCAUUAGCUGCAGCCCCAUAUCCAACAGUCAAAAAAGUUAACUGAGCUAAACGCAUGUAAACAUGGGAUGUGCACAUUGGUUAGUUCUUGUUUCUACAUUUUACUUUAGUUUGUCUGCACCAGACUGGGGUUACAUAUUAAUUUAAAAUAAUUUAUACUGUUUUUUUAACCUGCUUGACAAAUUCACUGUAUUAGGGGAAUCUCAGUUGGUGCAAGGUUACUGGUGCUCUCUGAAAUGAUAAUCCUACUCAUCAACUGUCAAACUAUCAGGUAAAAAACGAAAACUUAUUCAUUUUCAGUUAUUUUAAAAACACUAUCUGACUCUUAAUGCCUGUCUAUCUCAAUUCAUUUUCAAAUGUAAAGCGACUUCUAAGCCUGGAUGAUAGCAUUCCCUAACCUUUGAUCUGUCUUUAUUGCAAGUGUGACCCAAUGUCCGUGUAAAUGUGAAUGCUUCUUCUCUGAGGACUGUGCAGAAUGUGAUCAUGCUCAAUGUACAAAUUCAGUAUUUCAACUAAGGGUGCUAGUUGAAACAAAGCUCUCCCUCUGAGGUGUAGCCAAGCUGUCAUUAUCUGUCUGUAAUGUUACCACGAAUAAGCUGAUCUUACUGUUGCUGAUGGACAUUGUUCAGGUUGGGAAUAGUACUAUAAAUGACUGACUUGUAUUUGCACUGUAACACACUGAUUUGAGUAAAAUCAUAG